AUGAACGUGAAUAGAGAGACAACAUCCAACGAUACCAUUAUCUCAUCCGUAUCAAUGGUGAGUACUUGUAUUUUGUCUAGAAAUUUAACAGAAUUAUCGAUUGAAGUCUCACAUUGUUAAUGGAGGGUGGUUGUGGACUAGCCAUUUAGAAAUCCUGUAAUUCGGUGCACCGAUUAAUGAUACUAUCGGUCGCAAUGGUACGUCGGGUUUGUGAACUUUCGGUAGUCAAUAUAUACUCACUCUGUCGAAAGUUGCAUGUCGAACUCCAACCUACCCCACUUUUCUGGCCAUUGCUGAAAUUUCAUCUCUUCUUGACCAUUCUCUUUGCAGAUCAACAAUGCAGGAUGUAUGGUCAACGAGCGCAGCUUAAACGGCGAUGGUUUGGAGGUCAACUUUGCCACCAAUACUCUGGGCACUUUUAUUAUGACAACAUCACUCCUACCGUUACUGAAGAAAUCAUCCGAUGUGAGUUGUUAUCUGUUAGUUCAUUUUCGCAUCAGCCAUCAGAACUCUUUUAAGUACAGUGCCUUCAGUUUUUUUUUUCGACAAGUGUUUACCUUUGGAGUCUGUCAGAAUAUAGCAUUCGCUCGUUGAUUUUUUGCCGAUAAGCCCCAUGUUUUCUCACGAAAUCCUCAUGCAAAUUUUCAGAUUAAGCACAACAAACUACCCAUAAGGCGACACGCGGUUAGGUAUUCAAGACUGUCAACAAACGGUAUCAGGAAUCUUGUAAACAGUACAUUGGAAAACAACUUCAUUACCUCCCACCUAGGUCUGAGACGUUUGAACGUUCCUUUAUACACAAAGCUUACCUACAAACCUCUCCGACAGAUUAUGUGGGGACCUUUGCGUUUGGUACGCACAAGCUGGGAAUUCCAAGGCGGAGUUUCCUGAAUUGUUCUGUCAAAAAGCCUAGUGCCAUUUUUCAUUUGAAGUUUUUUUCGUUACAAAAACGCACAAUUUGGUUAUCCCAGCCCGGUGUUUUAGCCGUUGCCAAUGUCCGUCAGUCGCCACGGACUGACAAGACAAGUGAGAAUCCGGAUUACGUGCGGAAUUUGAAGUCUACUCAAACUUCAGGUGAAUAAGAGAGCAGCAUACUUGAGCUCAGCAUUUUGGUAGCACUGUGUCAACGCAAAAAUACCCCUCGUUUUUUGAGAAAGCAUACGAGCAGUGCACCAUUACGAAGCACAGUUAUUCUGUGUUCUAACUGUCAACGGAAUGCAUGGAAGACACUUUUAGUCAGUACUUAAAGGAUCCUUGAAUUUUCGUCAGAAAUUAUUGAUCGAAGGUGGAAUAUAAAAUAAUUGGGGCUGGAUUGUUGCCAUUAGGCGCGGCUUUUUUGCUACUAUGACUUGCGAGAGGGCAAGUCUCAGUAAGCCACGGAGAGGGAGUGGGCCCGAUCGUUAAAAGUUGUUUUAGUUGCCCGAUGUCUGGGAUGCAUGCCUGCCAGGCGCACAAGGCUCCUGCUCAAGCAAUCGAGUUUCCUUCCUAGCUGCGUAUCUUCCGCCCCUGGAAGCCCAGAAGGCAGUAUUUUGCUCCGAACAUACCGAAACUUCCCUUUCCCCGUUUCCCCAACAGGGCUGCUACUAUGAUGCUGGGAGAUACCCUGAAAAAUGAAAACUGGUCACUGGGAGAAACAGCCUUCAGCGAAGUUUGGCUGAGAAGUAGGUUAUCUGUCGGGCUUGACGAGUUCGCAUUGAUCGGCUCGGAUGAGAACUCGAUCAAUCGAUUUAUCGAUCUGACGCUGGCGUAAAGAGCCCUGCGCAGUCAUCUUCAGUGAUCGGCUAUAUAGCGGUAAUAUCUGUAGCCAUGACUGGCUACUGAUAUGGUAAAUUGGAUAUUUAUGAAGAAGUCACAGACCAUAACAGUUUGAGCCUCGCAAACGAUGACGUCUGCCGCGUGUCCCAUGGGGUGGGGACGUAACGCCGGUGAAUUGCGCGUGAUUUAGUUUGUAGCGGGGCAGGCUUCGCAGUAUCUACCGCCAUCACACUCUCCUCAGCCACCAAGGCAAGACAGAGUCAGGACGGCCGGAGGCGGGCGCUGGCGCAGUGGCGGGCAGAGCUAAACGGUUCGUCUACGCGAACCAUACACCCGACCCGGUCCCCCCAACGUGAGAGGCUGUGGCCAGGGUGGCCCGGCGUUCACAUGGCUGAAAAUGUCAUGAAAACUGUAUUAAGAUGGGGCCAUUGCAGCCUGUCAUUGAAUCCUGGGAAUGACAGGACUAUCCCGUCAGUUGUCAGCCUUCUAAGCCUCGAAUCUUAUAGCGAGGUCUGAGAGGAUUUGCCGUGGGGAUGGAUUUCCCUGCACCGAUCUUUGUUUCGCCUUUCUAUCCCAGAGACUGUCUUUGUCGGCUCUAUCUUGCCUACCUAUGGUACUAGUCGCUAUGCGACUGCCUGCGAGAGUCUCAAGGCAUGAAAGGCCGAGCACGUCUCGGCAAGCCGAUCGGUGAGCGCCCAUCUACCGUGUUCAGUAUACCUGGUCACAACCACCGGGACAACUACCCCGUGACCCUAUGGUUGGAGCGUUGGACUGACUAACGCUCAGUACUCAAAAGAACCUCGGUUAAAACCCCAGAAGCCUUCAAACCUGCGGUUGGGCAAGGCUGGUUAAUGACGGCUAACAAGCCAAAAAGGAUUGAAAUUGACGAAAUUAACGAAUUACUCACAAACCGGCGCAAACGAAUGGUAAAAUAACUCCGAUUUAACCAUAGACGAUCUAAAGCGAAUUAAAAACAUCAAAAAAACACAUUGGAAGUAGUAUUGCAUUGCUUGGGAAUACCCCUUUUUUGCAGAAAAUCGGAGAUCCAAAUACAUCAGAAGUAGUUAUUGCUGAAUUAAUUCAAGUGUUAGGUGCACAGAAAGCCGAUCCAUGAAAAAUACUGAGUAAAUAAAAUACCACUAGUAGAAUGACGUUUGACAAUUGUCCUUUAAUAAAGUUUGCAGAACGGCAUUACAGACAAGGACGUGAGAGACUGGAAUGGCCGUUUUUGGCUUACUAGCUGGGGCAACCGCCAUAGGUGCACGUUGAUUAAAACAACGCUCUUUGGGGGCUUGUUUGCCUUCAUUUAACUGGUAAUACUGCUGCUGCUGCUGUUGCUGCUGCGGCAUAUUCUGAGCAUAAUUUGCCCGCGAAAGCCCCUGUGUCGGUAUGCGCCUAUUGCACCGUGAAUGCUGCGCAAUGCAUGCUACCUUGCCCGUCUUCUCUCCUCCCAGCCUCGGGUUAUCGUGGUCAGCUCCGGCGGCAUGUUGACGCAACGUCUUAACGCCACUGACCCCGCCCUGAACUGCGACCCUAUCGCCAACGAGGCCUUCGACGGGACCAUGGUCUAUGCCCAGAACAAGCGGCAGCAAGUGGUCAUGACGGAAAUGUGGGCCAAGCAGAACCCCGAGGUCUUCUUCGCUGCCAUGCAUCCUGGUUGGGCGGACACCCCUGUAAGUGCUAAAGAGCUGUGUCAAAACUAGGUCCUGCUCCCUUGAUUCGGUAAGCACUUCAUUUUUCUCAGAUUUCAAGUCUUUAAACUUUGCUAUCUAGGUGGCCACCUGUGAUUUUCGGAGGUCAGCGUCCGACCUCAGAGAGAGAGAGACAGAGUUUGACCCCCCGGGUGGCUGUUUCAAAAGAACCGUCAACAACCAGAUGGUGCACCUUUUGGGCGAAAAUACAGUAGGUGGGCUAACUCAUGAAAUGCCAACCGAAAUUCCCAAAUGCGUUUUCGUCUCGAAAAGAUUAAUUAAGAAGAGUUGUAAAACUAGUCAGCCUGCAACAUAAUUCCAUGAUAUUUUUGUUACCACAGGAUGCCGGCUUUCGAAAGAACUUCCUUCCGACUGCAUGCAAAAACUACACUCUGUAAAACUGACUAUUUAAGUAACAUUAAUUUUUCUCAUUGAUUUUCGAUCCCUUAAAAGUCCAGUUAUGGAAGACAUGCAUAAAAAUAUUCAUUCUUUUGCUCAUUCAGUAGAUAGUUACGUCUUUUUCCAAUCUCAUACUCGAAGGAGGGACAUAAUUCGGUUUUAAAAAGUUUCCAAUUGUGGGACUUUUAAAUACCGUGAAAUGGCCGUUCAUAAAUCGUCAUGUCUCUGCAGUUACCAAUGUGGCUUGUAGAGUUAACAAUAUGGCUCGAAUCCACUGCUAAAUUUUAUGAACCCUAUAUGAUCCCCUUUAUUACUGUAGAAAAAUGUGUGGUUUUCCGUACGCGGAAAACAUACUGCUUGCAGUUUGAAAACCCUGAAUCCAAAUGUGACGGUAGAGUGGGUUCAAAAUUAUUCGGGAAUUGGAAGAGUUUUUUAAAACCGAAUUAUACCCAUCCUUCGAGUACAAAAUUGGGAGAAAACAUAACUGCCUACCAAAUGAGCGAAAGAAUGAAUAUUUUUAUCCAUGUUUUCUAUGAAGUAUAAUUGGAUUCUUAUGGCCAUCGAAAAUCAAUGAGAAUGCAUGCUACUUAAGUAGUCUUUUUUUGCAGAGUAUAAUUGUUGCAUGCGGCCGGAAGGAAGUUCGUUCGAAAGCCGGCAUCUUGAGGUAACUGAGAUAUUAUAGAGUUAUGUUGCAGGCUAAUUAGUUUUACAACCCUGAUUAAUUAGUCUUUCCGAUGCGAAAACGCAUUUCGGAAUUUCGGUUGACGUUUCAUGGGUUAGCCCACUUACUGUAUGUCCUGACUGUCUAGACAAUGCUGAGUUAUACGGACAGUGGUGUGUUCUCAAAUAAAUGUUCCAAGGAACGCAGGAUAAACUUUGGAGAACGGGAGAUACAACUGCUGGAGCAAGAAUUUUAUUCACGAAUGUGGACGAAAAUUCGAGUUCCAGGUAUGUGUGCAAAGGUAAAGAAGAAUAAUGGUUGAGUACCGGAACAGUCCCGUUAUCGUUCUGAGCAUUCGAACUCUUGCAGGAGCCCGUCGUCAAAGAUAGUGGUAACAACAGAGCGAGCAACAAUUAUAAGAGAGGUUAGCCAAUCAUCGAUGGAGGCCCAGGACUGGAGGUGACUGCGCAGCACUCUGUAUGCCGGCGCCGGAUCGAUAUAUCGAUUGACAGUGUUCUCAUCCGAGGCCCAGGCUUCAAUCCAUUCUCGGCUUGUUUUGUUUCUAACGUGGACGAUUAUCUUAGUGGCUGUAAAGUUAAACGCGUGUCCCAUUUCAUAGGUGUGGGCAGCCGCUUGGGAUAAUUUCUCACCUCGUCGCACAGCCAGCGAUCCGUGCAUGCAUCCAGUCUUACCUGCGUAAAUACAAAAAUAGUUUUUCCACUCAAUGCGAUACACUAACCCAGAUUUCUCCUUUAGAUUCAACCGGUCUUUAAUUUUCAUGAUCUUGUCGCACAUGGUAGCUUUGGGCUGGUGUACACCCAGCCGCAGUAGUGCACUCAGUCGCCUCUUAAACGCACUUAAUGUAUGGCAGGGAAUGCCAUAUCCUUGGUGGUGUUGCUGUUUGGGUCCUGUUAGGGUGAGCGCAUGAACUGGUCACGGAGAUAGCGGGCCUCACGUGCUCUUUCUUUCGGUUUGUUGCAAUGAGUCUGAGUCCGUUUGACGGGCCCCUUUGACCGAUGAUUGGCUAGCACCCCGUUAUUGUUGCACGUUCUGUUAUUGCUCUCAUCUCUGACGAUGGACUUCUACACGAGUUCGAAAGCUCAGGGCAAUAAACGAAAUGUUCCGGCGCUCGACCCGUCUUCUUCUUUACCUAAGAAUUUUAUUCUUCCGACAUUCCACCAUCCUCAGGGGCAGCAUCAGCCUGAGGAUGGACUUUAUUGAACCAGAGUGCACAACCGGCCGGUAGCCGGAGCACGUGGCUGACUGAACCCCUGUCAACUGUAAGUGGUCUGGGCAGCCCAGUCAUGUGUCAAGGUCACCGUAUCCGGUCUGGCCGUAACGGACUGUGCUGUUUUUCAGUCUUGAACAGCACUGACAGUUGGACAAUAAACCCCACACUUUAGACCGUCUGCCCUUCGCCUGUCUCUCAUUCUCUCUCUUGGACCUUUUGGUGAUAGUAAGACUUAUGAGUUUACGCACUCUGCGCAAGUUCUUCUCUUCCCUCUCCACUGACAGCUUUCGCCGCCUCUUUUCCUCUCUCGUUCUGCCCACUUUGUCAGGCUGUUGCCACCUCGAUGCCGAGUUUUCAUCAACGCAUGCAAGGCCGUCUUCGCACACCGGAGCAGGGUGCUGACACCGCUGUUUGGCUCGCCAUGACGCCUCGUCUGAGGGAGUUUGAGAAUGGAACCUUCUUCCUAGGUAGGCAUCCUACGCACAUGCACAUUACUCUCCCUCCCUCCUUCCCUCCAAGGGUCAGACUGCAAUGGCCACUCCCCAAUGUGUCCUUUAUGUUUUUCCCACUGAUAUGAGAUCUCAGUCACCCUCAUUGUGGCCUGAUGUGUGCAGGGGGGACGAGGUCGUGUGUGUGGCACGCGCAGACGGGAUGUUUAACUCUGUCAGCCGUGGUGUCCGCGCUCACCUCCGGCCGUCUUGCCACUGGCUUGUCAUCGGAGCCUGGGUGGGUGGGGGGGAGAGAGAGGCAAACGCUUCGAAAGUCUCGAAGAGGGAGAUACGAUCGCUGGGACAAGAGCUUUAUUGGCCUGCCGUUUCAGAUUCCUGCUCGAACCCAUCAUCAGAGACGAAAGCAGAUACGGGUGGUUCAUGCACAAGGGGCUGCAGUAUUUAUAGGAUGCGGUCGCCAUACUACCGCAUACCCAUGAAUGUUCACGGCUCCUCCCUUCAUCAGGGAUCGUUACACGUGGUGUGAUGACCGUUUGAUGGCCGACAUUUGCGUCGUUAAUUGCUGCAAUUUCAUCACGUCCGUUGGGUGUUGGUGUGAUGAUUGCUCCACCAUCUGACGCACCGACCCUAGUGUCGGGAAAAGUGUUCGCCUGUGCGCUCCCUGCGUGGCCAAUUACUCUGCCUAGGCGAAGUCUCAGCACCGAGUAUAGAAGGAGAAGAUCAAUGCACUUGUUAAUGGACUGGGGGCCAGUAAACAAUGACUCAAACAGCUCGCGGAUCACGCGGUUGUCACCUCUUGCGAGAAUUUCGGCCUCGUCAAAUUUGAAUUUGUGGCCGGAUCUCGUUGAAUAAGCCUCAACUAGAGAGCUGGCGUCAUUUCUCCGCACCGCUGCAGCGUGCUCGGCCAUUCGCGUUGCGGCUCAUUCUACUUCUACUCCCUGUCUUAACCGUCAGAACUGUUGGCUAAUUGGUGACUGACCUGCGAGUCCGACACUGAAGCUCGGGUUGUCUGAGACUGAGGCGCGGUCGGCUGAUAACGACUCGAAAGCAUGAAUCGGCCGUUCCGAUCCCUGUUCCAGCUACCGGCAGAGCGCGUAUUUUUCAGACUUGCGCCAGCCGUUGUAUUUAUCCACCCCCUACUCUAUCUGUUUCAGAUCGCCAACCCGCACCGAAACACUUAACUCUCGCCAGAACACACAGCACUUUGGAGGAACAGGAGAAAUUUAUGCAGGCUAUGCACCAGCUAGCGGAGCCCUUCAUGAAACAUUGA